AGCAGACCAACUCAAUCCAACGUCGCAUCGUCGAUCAAUUAACUUCACCACAGGGGGGCGUUGUGUCACCCGUGGACAAUCAUGGCAUCGUCUUCACAGGAACACAAACGACGUUUCUUCAUGGAGAAAAACUGGCAGACGUCAGACCGGUGGAGCGACGAGGAGACGAGAAACGAAGCUGCUCCCGUGGAGUACAUUUACCUUGAAAUUGCAGCUUUUCCUCCUGAAACUGCUUGCAGCCUCCCUCAGUCUGAGGCUAUGAGAGGGAGAGCAGAGGCCCAGGCUGCACCACCAUGCUACUUCUGAGACGAGGGAAUGAGAGUUUGGCCGACAAAACGCAAGGUAUUUCUCUCACACACCUCCGCCAUGCCUGUCAGCGGCUGCCCUUCCCCCCUUCGGAUCCAUGCAGGGGUCUGUACCUACACCCCCUCGCAAGGGAGGCGAGUCCGACACCUCCAUCCAGCCCUGCCCCCGUUGCUGCACUGCCACCCUGUCUCACUCGGUGUCCUUCUCCUGCUGCUCUGCCUUCUUCACCUGCCCCCCACCUGCCACUCCCGGAGAGAGAAGGGAGGCGGAGGAGGUGGCGGCCACUACAUUCCCAUCCCUCCGCCCCCUCCCCACCACAUGGCUCUGCCCAACAUCCUGCGUGGCCUAAGCAUCGCCGUUGUCCUGGUGGGCAACUCCAGUGAGAUGGCACUGGCGGGUGCUCGGGAGAAGGAAGACUUUCUACACAUGGCGCCCAACGUAGAGAUCCUGACCAUGAAUGAGACGGACCCUAAAAGCAUCAUAAAAAGCAUCUGCGACCUAAUGACGCAGCACUGGCUACAAGGCGUGGUGUUUGGAGAUGACACCGACCAGGAGGCCAUCGCGCAGAUCCUGGACUUCAUUUCGGCCCAGACCCACAUCCCCAUCCUCGGAGUCCGCGGGGGUUCGUCCAUGAUCAUGGCUGCUAAGGACGACGACUCCAUGUUCUUUCAGUUUGGCCCCUCCAUUGAGCAGCAAGCCUCAGUCAUGCUCAACAUAAUGGAGGAAUAUGACUGGUACAUCUUCUCCAUCGUCACCACAUAUUACCCGGGGUACCAGGACUUUGUCACCAAGAUCCGGAGCACCAUCGAGAACAGUUUUGUGGGCUGGGAACUGGAGGAGGUGUUGCUUCUUGACAUGUCUGUAGACGACGGCGAUUCAAAGAUUCAAAACCAGCUAAAGAAGCUCCAGAGUCCCGUUAUUCUUUUGUACUGCACAAAAGAAGAGGCCAACACCAUUUUUGAAGUGGCCCAUUCUGUCGGGAUUACUGGUUAUGGCUACACGUGGAUAGUGCCCUCACUCAUCGCUGGAGACACUGACGUAGUACCUGCAGAGUUCCCAACAGGGCUGCUGUCAGUUUCCUACGACGAGUGGGACUACGGCCUGGAGGCCCGCGUUCGCGAUGGAGUGGCCAUUAUAACCAUGGCAACAUCCACCAUGAUGAUGGACCGAGGACCUCACACCUUGCUCAAGUCCGAGUGCCACGGAGCUCCUGACAAGAAGACCCCUAUUUCGGGCAAUCCCAAUGAAGUCCUCAGGUACCUAAUGAAUGUAACGUUCGAGGGUCGUAAUCUUUCGUUCAGUGAGGACGGCUACCAGAUGCACCCCAAACUGGUCAUCAUUCUGCUCAACAAGGACAGACAGUGGGACAGGGUGGGCAAAUGGGAGAACGGUUCGCUUUCCAUGAAGUACCACGUGUGGCCUCGCUAUGAACUCUACGGUGGGGUUGCAGCCAGGGAGGAUGACCACCUGUCCAUUGUGACGCUGGAGGAGGCCCCUUUCGUCAUCGUGGAAGACGUGGACCCGCUUAGUGGCACUUGCAUGAGGAACACCGUGCCCUGCCGCAAGCAGAUCAAAACAUUGAAUCAGACAAAGGAGUCAGGGAUCUACAUCAAGCGUUGCUGUAAGGGCUUCUGCAUUGACAUCCUGAAGAAGAUCGCCAAGUCAGUCAAGUUCACAUAUGACUUGUACCUCGUUACGAAUGGCAAACAUGGCAAGAAGAUCAAUGGAACCUGGAACGGCAUGGUGGGAGAGGUGGUGUUAAAAAAUGCCCACAUGGCCGUUGGUUCUUUGACCAUCAACGAGGAAAGGUCAGAGGUCAUCGACUUCUCCGUCCCCUUCAUCGAGACCGGCAUCAGCGUCAUGGUCUCACGUAGCAACGGCACCGUUUCACCCUCUGCCUUCUUAGAGCCCUUCAGUGCGGAUGUGUGGGUGAUGAUGUUCGUGAUGCUGUUGCUGGUGUCAGCAUUUGCCGUGUUCAUAUUUGAGUACUUCAGCCCUGUGGGCUACAACCGUUGUCUGGCUGACGGCAGAGAGCCACAUGGUCCGUCCUUCACCAUUGGCAAAGCCAUCUGGUUGUUGUGGGGUCUGGUGUUCAACAACUCUGUGCCGGUGCAGAACCCCAAAGGUACCACCAGUAAGAUCAUGGUGUCAGUGUGGGCCUUCUUUGCCGUCAUCUUUUUGGCCUCCUACACUGCAAACUUGGCUGCCUUCAUGAUCCAGGAGGAAUACGUGGACCAGGUAACGGGACUGUCGGAUAAAAAGUUCCAAAGUCCCAACGACUUCUCGCCUCCUUUUCGGUUUGGCACGGUCCCAAACGGGAGCACAGAGAGAAACAUAAGGAACAACUAUGCAGAGAUGCACUCCUACAUGACCAAGUUUCAUCAGAGAAAUGUCAACGAGGCUCUUCAGAGCCUCAAAGCUGGUAAACUAGACGCUUUCAUUUAUGACGCGGCCGUGCUGAACUACAUGGCUGGCAGGGACGAGGGCUGCAAGCUGGUGACCAUCGGCAGUGGCUACAUCUUCGCCACCACCGGCUACGGCAUCGCCAUCCAGAAGGAGUCUCUCUGGAAGAGGCACGUGGACCUGGCCAUCCUGCAGCUCUUCGGAGACGGUGAGAUGGAGGAGCUGGAGUCGCUGUGGCUGACGGGAAUCUGCCACCACGAGAAGAACGAGGUGAUGUCCAGUCAGCUAGACGUGGACAACAUGGCGGGGGUCUUCUACAUGCUGGGGGCCGCCAUGGCGCUGUCGCUCAUCACGUUCAUCUGCGAACACUGGUUCUACUGGCAGCUGCGUUUCUGCUUCAUGGGUGUCUGCUCGGGUCGCCCUGGCUUUGUCUUUUCUAUCAGCAGGGGCAUCUACAGCUGUAUUCACGGUGUUCAGAUUGAAGAGAAAAGCAGCUCAGCAUUGAACUCCCCAUCAGCUACCAUGAACAACACUCAUUCCAACAUCUUGCGCCUCUUACGUACCGCCAAGAACAUGGCCUCCGGGGUGAACGGCUCGCCACAUAGCGCUCUGGACUUCAUUCGACGCGAAUCUUCCGUUUAUGACAUCUCGGAACACAGACGCAGCCUGGCAGGCCACUCGGACUGCAAGCCACCUUACUUACCAGAAGAUAACAUGUUCAGUGACUACAUCAGCGAGGUGGAGAGGACUUUUGGCAGUGUUCACAUGAAGGACAGUAAUCUGUACCAGGACCACUACCUGCACCAUCACGGUUCCACACUUGGGCUCAGUGGACCGCCUCCCAACAGGCCCCAUAGUUUGGGCAGUGCCAGUUCCCUGGAGGGUGGCAUGUUUGACUGUGACAGCCUCGGAGGCGGGGUGCCACCCAUUUUCACCACUCAGCCAUGCUCAGCACUGACCCACAGAAACAUGAGCAAGUUUGACCUUCUGUCUGGACAGACUCCACCCACUGGCCAAGGCUUCAAGAGUGGCCUGCCUGACUUGUAUGGGAAGUUUUCUUUCAAGGGAGGUGCUUCAAGUUCCACCUACAUCCCCGGGCCUAGUUAUUGUGGAGGGAGAGGGGAUGACGAUGGGAAUAUACGAUCUGAUGUGUCUGAUAUUUCCACACACACAGUAACCUAUGGGAACCUGGAAGGUAAUGCAAAGAAGCGCAAACAAUACCGUGAUAGCCUGAAAAAGAGACCAGCCUCUGCCAAAUCCAGACGGGAGCUGGAUGAGAUUGAGUUGGGCUACAGGAGAAAACCUUAUCACAUCAGCCACCACCACUACCACAACCAUCGCUCUGCCUCACCACCACUUUUGCCAUCUGAACGUAAACGAGGCGGAGGAGUAAAUAAUGACACAAACUAUCUCUUCAGAGAAAAGGAGAGUGUUAGGGACUUUUAUUUAGACCAGUUCCGCCCAAAAGAGGGUGUCCCUCAGUGGGAACAUGUAGAUCUGACUGAGGGCCCUGGGAACAGAGAUAGUGGAGUACCAACUUGCACAUCUCUGGUUCCGGUGGAGGACUUUCUCAAGAGCAAGCCCAAAAAGUCUGACUCAAAAAGUGUCGGAGGUUCCGGCUUAGCGGGAGGUGAUUGGGAGUGCAGGAACUGUCGGUCUGGAGGAGGAGUAAAGCAGAUGUCCAUGCACGGAGCAGGGAUUGGUGGUGGGUAUGGUGGUGGUAUAAGCUGUGGGUCCUCGGGGGGUGGAGGAAGCAGUCGCCCAAGCUCUGCAACCUGUAUGCGCUGUGAGGGCUGUAAAAAGACAGGAAACCUCUAUGACAUCAGUGAGGACAACAACCACCUCUUGGAACAGAUUGGUGGAGGGAAAGGUGUGGGGGGAGGAGGCAUGGGUGCAAUCCUCCAGCCACAAUCUCAGGCCCAGCAGAGGAGAAAGGGUGGAGGAUUUGGAAAGCCACUCAGGCGGCAGCAUUCGUAUGAUGCGUUUGUUGACCUUCAGAAAGACGACUCGAGCGGCAUCGGGAGUGUGAUGGGAGGAAUGGGUGGAGUUGGCGGAAUGAGCGGUCCAGGUAUGGGAGGAAUGCUGCCACCUCCCAGAAGUGUUAGUUUGAAGGAGAAGGAGCGCUACAUGGAGGGCACCAGCCCCUUUGCACACAUAUUUGAGCGUCACGGAGGCUCUGAGAGAGAGAGGGAAAGAGACAGGGACCCUUCGUUUUAUGGAGGUGAGGGCCGGUUCGGGGGCCUGUUCAGAGGAGGCGAGGGUCUCCAUCGUCGCUCAGUAGGGGAGAGAGACAUGAGAGACAGGGAGAGGUCCUUGAUGGAAGGUGGAGGUGGGGCAUCAUUCUCUUUAUCCAAAUCUCUUUAUCCUGACCGUGUCAACCAGAACCCCUUUAUACCCACGUUUGAUGACGACCAGUGUCUCAUGCACGGAGCCAAACAAUAUUACAUGAAAAAGCAACAGCAGCAGCAACAGGUUGCCAAAAACAGCCGAAGUGACUUCAGGAGCCAGAUGAGCACGACUUCUUAUCUGCCAGUAUCUGCCACGGCUGGAGUCAUGUCAAACGUGUCCCCCCGUUUCCCGAAAGAGCUCAGCCUAGGUGGGCUGAACCACCAUGGCUCCAUGCUCGGGGUCGGCCCGCCGCGACCCUUCGAUGGAAGCAACGGCCACGUCUACGAGAAACUGUCCAGUAUUGAGUCGGACGUGUGAGAGCUCAAGACUGGUUUUGGGGAUUAGCAAUGGAAUAGAGGUGUGUAGUGUUAGGAGAUCAGGGAUAUUUUUAAAGACACUGUCCACACACCGCAUCUCUAUCCCAUACAGAGACAGGAAUUGAUGGUGGGCUAGGUGAGAGCCACGUGUGGUGUCAGAAGUAGGAUGCAAACUUGAGUAACAGAAAAAUCUAUAUUUUGCAAACAAAUCUUGGUAAAAAGAAUAUCAGGACACCUUCACGAGAUGGGGGAUUGUGACCCCUCUCACAAAUUGCCAAAGCUACUCUACUUUUAUGACAGUCACUUAACACGGCCCCGUCAACCUGGAAAAUACACUCGAGUCAAACCUCGCUUUCCAUCCACCAGUGAACCCGCAGUCAACGCACUCGGCCAUUAUCGCUCAUCUUGAUUCGACGUCGGACGUGUGAUCCUGGUGAUGAUUUGACGGCCGCCCGAGCGCUCCCGCUGAGCGCUUAUGAAGGGAGACUGCCAAGAUUGGAGGGUGGAGCGAGCGGCCCAUCUGGGCCCGUGUCAUCUCAGAAAGAAGACAUUGUCGCGUUUGCCCGAGUGGCAACACAGAUGACUUCUCCUUCCCACCCUCUCCGGAGGGAUCUGCUCAUCCUCUCCAUCCCGAACUUGUCCCACUUUUGUUCCCUUCGCCGCGUUCUCCCUGACACCAAAAGAUUUGUUUGCUGUGAGAAAUACAACCAAGAAUGACAUAUCUUCUAGAAUGAGGAGGGGCAGGGGAACAGGGUCCAAGAUCAACAAUAAUAAUAUUGUGAAUAACGAAACUGAUUGCGAUAACAUUGCUGAUAAUAUCUUUUUUUUGGGGGGACGAGGGGGUUAUUACUUUAAGUUCACAUUGUAUGAUAUUCCAUUCCUGUUUUAGUACUGGCUGGUUGUUUAACCUACAAACCAGAAAGACUGAACUCUUUAGUUGUACGUAGGAUGUUCGACUUAUUAUGAGUCCGUUACACGCAUAUGUUUUCUCCUUCCGGAAAAAGGAUCUGAAAGACUCAUACUUUGUUCACGUUUCAAUGAUCACUCAAGUCAAGUGCAUAUCGACUUGUAGUGCAUGUUUGGGCAGAGCCUGAGAGCUGCAGAUGCUGAGAGAAAAGGACGUGCCUUAAUGGUCUCCAAUGGAAGUGUCCUCCUGUUCACGUGGUCAUACAGCGACGCCGAUACUUGGUGUUCUCUUCACGUUCGUGAGCCAAAACUGCAGUAAAGAAAUUUACAAGCAGCCAGAGAUGCUGCCUGGCAGUGGUUUAGAUACAAGAUGCUGCAGAGUUUUAUAACUUCGUAAAAAUGAUUUUAUGAACCUGUACGCCAGUUCUAUUCAGGAUGUCCCACAUUGUCUUGGAGUGGCCCUCUUCACAGCACGGCGGCCUUCUACUUAGCUUCUUUUUGAUUCAGGUUCCAUGAUUAUAGUCACCACCUGUUCGGCCUCUCACUAGUGUCAUCGUAUGACAUCGAUCUUGUCUGGGAGGCAAGUUGAACUUUGUGCGACAUGCACAAAAAGGGCAGAAUGUUGCCCUUUGGCAAUGACGGUCAGGACUAUGUUUGAGAAAGGCUGCUGAGGUAUCAGCUUUGACUGAUGUGAUUUUUUUUUUUUUUUUUUUGUAAGCUGGCAAAGCCUCAUAAUUGCACAGGACCUUGACCUAGCGUAGGUUCGGGCACUCAGUAGACAUGCCUUAUCGUCCCAUCACAAAUACAUCCCACCCCCGCCCACCCACCUUUCACAGGAGCUGUCUGCUAAUGACUCAUCAUCUAACUGUACAGAAUUAAAAAAAAAAAGCCUCUAUUAGCUCUUUAAAGGUUUGAUCUUCAAUUAGCUGGCGGUGUCAGAAGUUCAAGGGCUGCAAGAGAUUGCGCAAGAGUGCUCAGCCAAGAUUGGAGAUGCUGGAGUGUGCGGCGUGCCGACAUUCAUCUUAUAACCUCAUCUAAAUGCACCGCUGUUAUAGGUGUGUGCGUUUUGCGUGAGCGAUGAUCCAAGUCACAAUUUAAUGAUAACAGCAGUUUGUUUGUUUUGUUUUUUUUCCACAGACUUGCUGAUUCAUAAAUUCACAGAUAACAAUGUAAUCAUGAGAUUGAUAGAGUUAGCCUUAAAUCAAAACACCUCCCGUACAAUAAUAACUCCGGAUAAAUAGACUGGGAUCUCUGGAAUUUUUAUAUGUGCACAUUUUCAGACCGACCGUUAAUCGAGACGCAAGACGGAACGUUGGAAACGGCACGGAAAUGAGAAACGCGAGUGACGGCAUUAAGUCAGCAUUAGUAUGUUGAGCUUUUACUUGUAAAUAGUAUAUUCAAAACCUCUUUUCACUUUGUACAGUCAACAGACAGACAGGAUGUAACUUUUGACGUUUUACAGCAAUUUAAGAAAUAAACUAAGAAAAAAAAAUACAUGGACAAAAAUGUGCAGCACAUAAGAUGACACCAAUAUUACUCAUCUUAAGUGAUGUAAUUCAACCUCUUUUUUUUUUUACUUGUUACGAUAGUUUACCAAUCAGUAUACGGAUUAUGUUAAGACUUAUACUUUUUCUUAUUUUCACUAAAGUGUUUGAUAAAUUAAUAAUUUACCGUAGGUGUAGAUGUUUGGUGAUAUAAAAGGGAGACAAUUUAGUUUUAGGUCUUUAAGUUUCCCUUGAAUUGUGUUAGAGUCUCUCUUUUUAAGGUGAGGUAGACUUUUCAUGCUUUUUCAAGCUCCAUUCAAGUAUCAACACAUUUAUGUAAUACAAUAUUAUGUGUAUGAUAUUUGCCGAUAGAAGCAGAAUAUUGUGCGCUUUCAUUUUAGGCAGCAAUCCUUGUUCAAAUCUUACAACAUCAAUGUUUUUUUUUUUAAACAUGGGCUUAAAAGGUGAUUGCACACAGAAUUUAGAGCCAUCGUGGGCCCGGCCUAUCCUGUUCCCUUUUUAUCAUUGGGAUAGACAUCACUGUGGUAAAAGAAAGAUGUAUGUACAUAUACGUAUUUGUGUAUGUGUGUCGAACACACAAGUGCACACUGGACACUUUCCAGUGGUGAUGCUGUUAAUAUUGCUGAGGAUAUCAGCACAAUAAUGUUGGAAAAUCUCUUUGGAACGGAAAUGCUUUGGUGCAACCCCUUUUCGAAAAGUGAAGCAUUUACUCAUUUUUUAACAUUUGCUUGAGGGAUGUCGCCUGUUGAUUUAUUUUAGCUCAGGUUAGUAAACGAACACUUUUAACUCACGUGGGUCGGAUUCUUGUUUUAUUCCUGUAUGAGAAGAUAACUACACUUUGUUUUAUUUAUUUGUGUAGGAAGCGAUAUCUAUACUUUGUAAUUUACUUUCUUCAUACAUAUUUUCGGCAUUGAUUAGUCCCUCCUUAAACCUAAGAUUGGAUCUGGUCUAUUUUUUGCUCCCUCUUAAGAUGCUUUCUACUCCCAAGGCUUGACUAAUAAAUAGAAAAGACAUACAUGGGCUUUGCAUAUUGGUGUGCAAAAGUCGUAGACCACCAAUAGAUUUGUUUUCAUAGAUCUAUAAUGACCAUAUACAGUAUAACUAAAAUGUCAAACAGCAUAGAGCAGGGGUCUCAAACUCAAUUUACAUGGGAGCCACUGGAGACGGAGUCUGGCUGAGGGUGGGCCGAAGCCGCAGCCUCAGUAUACAUGCGCACUUGCGGAAUUAAAAUUAGAAAUAUGAAAAAAUAAACCAAUCUUCUCAAACAUCUUUUUCAUUUUUUUUUAAACACUAGAUAAAUAAGGACGCUGGUGUAAACAAGUUGUGUGCAAAAUUUCUUGCUGUAACUUACUGAAAAAUGUUUCUCUGCUUGUAUCAAGCCCGGUCGAUGUCACACCCACUAGAGUCAUAUCCUCCACCAUGAUAAGUGGCUCCGUCAGGUCCGCACACAACACACUAAAAGUCCCAUUCUUACCAAAAAAAAAAAAAAAACCUCAAGGGCUGCACUAACAUUAAACUUUCAUAUUAAGGCGGGGGCCACAAAAUAUCUCGCUGGCCGCAAAUGGCCCACGGGUUGCCAGUUUGAGACCUGAGACCACUGGCAUAGAGCAUACACCACUACCAAGUCAGAACUACUAACCUAUUAAGAGUGCAAUCUGUGUAUUAGUGAGCAGGCUACUUCCUGGUACACAGCCCACAAUCAGAUGGGCAGGACAAUUCUAUUCUUCUUCUUCUUCUUCUUUUCCUUUGGGCUUGUCCCAUUGGGGCUCGCCACAGUUUGUCAUCUUAGAUGAACCCAUGAGAUUUAAUUCCUCUUUACAGAUUCUUUCCAAACUUUAACUUUCUUGUCCUUUAUGCCAUCCUUCUGUAAAAAUGCUUGAAAUUAGUUUCGUAUUUUGCGCAUAAUCAUGAAUGUUAACGGUAUUCAUCCUAUUAUUUCAUUUAAUUUUACAGUGGCACCUCCAAAAAUUCCCUAAGGCUGCUCAACCUUUUUUUUGUUGUUGUUUUUGCUGCAAUAAUCUUUUCCUUAGAGGACAGUUAUUAUUGAAAACAUAUUUAAACAACUGCCGUCUUCGAGAUUGUACAGGCAGUGUUUUGUGUCAUUUUAAUCAACUUUAAAUGUAAGUUCACUCUCAGUACAGUACUGUCAAUAAUUACACACUGAAAGAAUAACGUUUGAUGCGAGGAUCAAGUCACCCCACAAAUACACAAGUCACUUUGCAGUUGACAUAUAAUUCAUCCUAUUCUUUCUCUUGGAUUGUUCUUUUAUGAUUAAGUUGAGCCUCCACAAAGACAUAAUUGAACACGCUUCAUUAAUUUGUACUUGAGACCCAACCGGCUUGACGCAGCGGAGGGAUGAGAUUCACUUAUCCAAGUUUUUGUGGUGGUGGGCUACGAUUUUUCCGCAGCACAGUGCGUUUGUCCUCCUUAUUUGCAAAAUGAUCAAACGUAAAAGUCCUCUUUAGUGCCGACAGUUCAGACCCGAGCGUUUCUGCUCUGCUCCCAGCAAAGUGCCAGUUGGAUAGUGAGCGAGCUGCCUCAUCACAAGCUUCUGGUUCCCUUCAGCCCAAAUCAGUCUCGGCCUGGCUUCUCUGCGCACACACGCAUGCCACAAAACUGUUUUGUUUUUUUUUGUUUGUUUGUUUUUUUUUUUUUUAUGGUUUAUGUUGAGAAAAGCACUGUGUCAAAAAUUUCUUUAGAAUCUAAGGUUGAGCUGGGUUUGAGUUACCAGAACGUCCUGGAGCCGGAGGAUGUAAAAUAUCACCUCGCAGGCAUCUGUGAAAAUAUGUUUUUGCGACGGAUUUUUCUUUAUGAGCUUUGUUAUCAGUAUUUGUAAAAUGAUCUUGGUUUUUAGCGCUUAAUUUGAUGACAAACAGCCAGGAAGACUUAUACUGUGACACUACAUAUGACUCAUUUGCUGGAAAAUCUUACAUAAUAAUAAUAAUGUUAGGAUCCAAAUUCUUGACGGGAUAUCUUUGCUAAUAUUUGAAGUUUUGUUUGUGUGAGUAUAUAGUGCUACUGAUUUAUACUAAUACAUAUGCAUAUCAUUUGUAUUAAAAAAAACAACGAUUCUCUUUGUUAAUAACUAUUCUUGUCCAUCCUCUUAAUUCGUAAUAUUGAUGAGGUGACAGAAGGGGUUGCUACUAAAUGUAUUUCACUUGGGAAGUGAGUUUACAAAAGCACUCAUUUCCGCUUUAAAAUACACAACCUUUUUCAAUUUACUGAGGCGGAACAAAAUGUAAAAUAUAAGUACUAUCAGUUAUAUACAUAAUUCUAAAAAUACAUUUUGCUCUUGGGCACUGUUUUCUCUUUUUAUGGCCCUUUUCUUUGAAAUAACACCAACUCCUUUACAUCAUGAGAACAAAAAUUACACACACACGAAAAAAAUACUUGUACAGGUUGUGUAAAUAUUAUUAGGGAAGACAAUUUUUUUCCCAUGGAAUCUAAGUAAUCUCAGUAACAAAAAUUAACCACGUCAUGGCAAAAACUGCAA